AGUGCUGCUUCGGAUCCGGUGCGCUAAGCCGGCGUGGUCGCACCCAACCUUUGGAGCUAGGGUUUUCAGAUUGGUUUUAUGGUUUCGCAUCUUCAUAUAUUACUGCCUUCGAUUUCUUGCGGCGCACAAGGAAGAGGCGUCCUCGACUGAACACCCACAUCGGAGAUCCACUCUAGGCAGCCAUCAUGGUCAAGUACUCGAAGGAGCCCUCCAACCCUACCAAGUCCGCGAAGGCUAUGGGCAGGGACCUCAGGGUUCAUUUUAAGAAUACAAGGGAAACUGCCCACGCUCUAAGAAAGUUACCUUUGGCUAAAGCAAAACGGUAUCUUGAGGACGUCAUUGCUCACAAACAAGCCAUCCCCUUCAGGAGGUAUUGUGGAGGUGUAGGGCGAACCGCCCAAGCGAAGGCUCGCCAUUCAAACGGACAGGGUCGCUGGCCCGUUAAAUCUGCUAGAUUCAUAUUGGAUUUGCUUAAAAAUGCUGAAAGCAAUGCUGAUGUUAAAGGCUUGGAUGUGGAUGCUCUCUAUAUUUCUCACAUUCAGGUGAACCAAGCUCAGAAGCAGAGGCGCAGGACAUACCGUGCUCAUGGGCGGAUCAACCCUUAUAUGUCAUCUCCCUGUCACAUUGAACUGAUCUUGUCUGAGAAAGAAGAACCAGUUAAGAAGGAGCCGGAGACCCAGAUUGCAACUAAAAAACAAAAGAAGACCACCCAAGCUCUGCGCAGCGGUGCCUCUUCUUAAGCAAUACCAGCAGUAACUCGUAAUUUAAAUUGAAAACGUUAUAGUGGACAUUCCAGUUUUGUUAUUUUAGUAGUUUCUUAUUGUUUAGAAAAUAAUUUAUUUUUUCUGUAAUCCGGGCUUAUGUCUGCCCUUUGUUAUUAUGUACUGAUUUUGAUGCUAUCUAGCUUGUUGAGAAAUUCAAAGUUUCAAUCGUUUUUAAAAUCAUUGUUUCUUUUUCUGGUU